CCACCUCUUUUUCCUUUCUCUCACUCGCCUGACCAGCAAACAUACUCACACUCGUCCCGGCACAACACCUCUUUCCGCUUCUUUCUCAUUUCAGUUGCAGCAAAUCAAGCAACGACACAAAUCAACAAAGACUGCUAAAGAUCUUCUCUGUUCUCCGGUUCUUCCGUCAAACGCCGCCGACUUCGCAUCUCCCGGUCCAAUCCGAGCCUUCUGCCGGAUGAAGUCCACCACCAAUACCAUGAACCCUCUCAUCACCUUCGAUCACAAGAGGGAUGCUUAUGGUUUUGCUGUGAGACCGCAACACGUUCAAAGAUACAGAGAAUAUGCCAAUAUCUACAAGGAGGAAGAAGAGGAAAGAUCAGAUAGAUGGAAGAGCUUCCUGGAGUGCCAAGCAGGGUUUGCUCAAGCACCUGACAAUAACAUAUCUUCUGAGGAAGGUAGUAAAGGAUCACAUGCUGAAGUCUCAGUGGAAGGAGUGGUAGAUGCAGUAGAUAAGGAUGAGGGAGAUGAUUCAAAUCAAAAAAAGUCUGACCCUGAUCUUUCACCAGAGAAUGCUACAGGAAAAGAGGACUUACAGUCUGCACCUGAGAAAAGGAGGCAUCAGAUCCAAAUAUGGACGGAGAUUAGGCCAUCCCUUCGGUCCAUUGAAGAUAUGAUGAGUAUCCGUGUAAAGAAAGGACAUUUAUUGAAAGGUGAGCAAGUGACUGGGAGAGGGAAGCCACUACUUUCGACAGAUAAUGCCAGAGCUCUGAAGGGAGCAACUGAGGAGGAUUCUGAGGAUGAAUUUUAUGAUGUGGAGAGAUCUGACCCUACUCAGGAUGCCUCUUCUGGUGACAGUGUGAGUUCUACAACAUCAGGGGCUGCUCUAGCUGCAGAUGCAGCAUAUCUGGAAUCUUUAUUUCCAUGGAGAGAAGAAUUGGAAGUUCUUGUCCGUGGUGGAGUACCAAUGGCUCUUAGGGGAGAGCUCUGGCAAGCCUUCGUGGGUGUGAAGGCUCGUCGAGUGGAGAAAUAUUAUCAGGAUCUGCUGGCUGCAGAAAAUAACCCUGGCAACAAUAUUGAACAACAUGGGUCGCUAUCAGCCAAUAAAGGUUCAAGCACAGAGUCUGUAUGUGGCCCUGAGAAAUGGAGAGGGCAGAUAGAGAAGGAUUUGCCUCGAACAUUCCCAGGUCAUCCUGCUCUGGAUGAUGAUGGUAGAAAUGCUUUGAGACGGUUAUUAACGGCUUAUGCUCGGCAUAAUCCCUCUGUUGGGUAUUGUCAGGCCAUGAAUUUCUUUGCUGCUUUAUUGCUACUUCUGAUGCCUGAAGAAAAUGCCUUCUGGUCGUUGAUGGGUAUUCUUGAUGACUAUUUUGAUGGCUAUUACUCAGAGGAGAUGAUUGAGUCUCAGGUUGACCAACUUGUUUUUGAGGAAUUGGUCCGUGAGAGAUUUCCUAAACUGGUCAAUCAUCUAGAUUAUCUGGGAGUGCAGGUGGCGUGGGUCACUGGACCGUGGUUCCUUUCCAUUUUUAUGAACAUGCUUCCUUGGGAAAGUGUUCUUCGAGUCUGGGAUGUGCUCCUAUUUGAGGGAAAUCGUGUUAUGCUCUUCAGAACGGCACUUGCUUUGAUGGAGUUAUAUGGCCCUGCAUUAGUUACAACUAAAGAUGCUGGAGAUGCAGUUACAUUGCUACAGUCACUGGCUGGCUCAACUUUUGACAGCAGCCAACUUGUGUUAACAGCUUGCAUGGGCUACCAAAAUGUCAAUGAAAAAAGGUUACAAGAGUUAAGAGAUAAGCAUCGGCCAGUCAUAAUGGCUACAAUUGAGGAAAGAUCAAAGGGACUUCAAGCUUGGAGGGAUUCUCAGGGCUUGGCAUCUAAGCUAUAUAAUUUUAAGCAUGACCCUAAGUCUGUGUUGAUGGAAGCCAAUAAGACAGCACAAAAUGGGGAGUUAUCUCGUUCAGAGUCUGGAUCCACUAACGCAGAUGACGUCCUUGUUAGCCUAACUGGAGAUGCUGAGAUGGAUUCUGUUCCAGAUCUUCAGGAGCAGGUUGUAUGGUUGAAGGUUGAAUUAUGCAGGUUGCUGGAGGAAAAAAGAUCUGCUGUCCUCAGAGCUGAGGAGUUGGAGACAGCUUUAAUGGAGAUGGUUAAACAGGAUAAUAGACGACAAUUAAGUGCAAGGGUGGAGCAAUUAGAGCAAGAGGUUGCUGAUGUUCGCAAGGCACUUGCCGAGAAGCAGGAACAAGAAAAUGCAAUGCUUCAGGUCCUGAUGAGGGUUGAGCAAGAGCAAAGAGUAACAGAGGAUGCCCGCAGAUUUGCUGAGCAAGAUGCUGCUGCACAGCGAUAUGCUGCUCAAGUGCUCCAGUUGAAAGAUUACUGGAUAAUGGAAUGGAACUGUGUUUUUGUGAAGAAGAUUCAUGGGAAAGCUGACAAAGAACAUGUGAUUGUUUAUGAAAAGUAUGAAGAAGCCACUGUAAAACUUGCUGAGAUGGAGAAAAGAGUGAUAAUGGCAGAAUCAAUGUUGGAGGCUACCUUACAGUACCAAUCUGGUCAAGUCAAAGCACAACCUUCUCCACGAUCAUUGAACUUGGAUUCUCCAUCACGAAACAUUCAAGAGCCUGCACAAGAAGUGCCUGCAAGAAAGAUUAGUUUACUUUCCCGGCCCUUUGGUCUUGGCUGGCGUGAUAAAAACAAGGGAAAGCCCGCUGGAGCUGAUGGACAUAAUGAUGGGAAGCCCUUGAAUGAAGGACAGAGUCGAGACACCGAGCAGAAAGACAUAACUGGCCAGGAGAAGCCCUUGAGCGAGGAGCAGAGUCCAGACACUAAGCAGAAAGACGUAAAUGACAAGGACACCGUGCAGAAAGACAUGAACGGUGUUGCAGAACAAGAUAAGCAGUAAGAGAAUUGACAGUUAAUCAUGUCACUGCCUCUUUGGAUAAAUUCAUCAUUUGCCACAGUAGAUAUUCUUUUUCCUCUUCAUUGCUGAUUUAGUGACGGUGUAGUUACUGGUCUGUAAUUGUUUUUUGGUAAACAAAUAUAAAGCUCAUAUUAAUCUAUUGUUUUGUUCUUUUAUUAGGUAGUACUCAAUAAACAACGGUUUAGAAGUGAAGUGCAUGUAAGAGCAGGGAGAUAAGAUAGGAAAUCAACUGUAUCAUAUUUUCUUCUUUAAAUCAUAAUUUUCUUGGGAUGGUUUUCUCUAUAAAAUACUUUUCAUCUU